AUGGGCGUUGGUGUAUCGCUUGGGCGCAAUGCUUUCCCAGCACGAGACGCCAUCGCGUUGCUUUGCAGCGAGGAGAAGGUCUCACGCGACAAAGAGGAUGACGAAAGCGGUGUCUUCCAGCAGAUCUUGGAUAGCCAGUUUGGUGUCGCAACAUCACAGAGGGAUGUGGACACAAUUGAACACAUUGCACUGCCACUGUGUCUGCGGCUUAUGAAGAACAACUUGUGGACCAACAACUUCUCCACCUUCCUCGACGCAACCCUCAAGGCUCUCAACACUGCACUUGCCAAACCCGUCGAUGCCAUUACACCGUGCGUGCCCGUGUUUGUCGCAGCAGUCAGAGGAGGAGGAGGAGGAGGAGGAGGUGGAGGUGGAGGAGGUGGAGGACGAGGUGGUGGUGGCGGCGGUGGCGGCGGUGGUGGUGAACAUGGUCAUGUCUUCUUGCCAGUGUAG